AUGUUCAAGCUGGAGGAUGUGUCGAUGGGAAUAUGGAUCAAUGAGAUGAAGAAGGAAGGCUUUUAUGUCAAGUAUGAGAAUGAUUGGUGGGAAUCUAGUUGCGCACUACCAGGAGCCAAUGUAGAUCAUGUGCCUCUAGAUCAAAUUCCAGAAAACAAAGCGACAUAUUUUUGCUCUCAAACAGUGAACCAUAAUGUUUGCUCUAGUUUAUUAGUUAAAUUAGUGUAUGGGAAAUUUUGA